CUGCUGGACACUUUUCAGGAUGUUUGCUUGAGCCUCAGUCCCCGCCCCCAGCUCCCUGACGGGCCCGGGGGAGGACAGGCGGGGGCGGGGCUCCUCCCAGAUCCAUCAAGUUGUUGCAAAACUUCCGCGCUGCAGCCUGGAACCAGCGCAAAAACACGAGAAAAGUGCGAGACUCCCGUGGGUGAAGCAGCAGCGGAUCGCGAUCAUGGCAGAUGAAGCAGCAGUUGUGGAAGAAGACCUCAGCGCGGCUCAGAGUCCUCUGGUCGCCGUCAGCUUCCAGAGGAACAUCCGCAGAAAAGAGAAGUUUCUGGAAGCUGAACCCAAAGCUCUGGGGAUCACUCAGAUCGUCCUGGGCGUUUAUACGAUUGUGUUCCUCAGUGUGUUUCUGAUUAAUGGCCUGGAUCACUGGGGCAAUGACAUACCUUUCUUCAUUUCAUCUGUCCUGGUGGUAAUAGCUGGGGUCACAGCUGUAGCGGCACAGAAUCUUCAUUUGCCAACACUGAGGGCCUGUUUGGGGAUGCAGAUUGUGGCGUGUGCCGCUUCCAUCGCCAGCAUAAUCUGCAGUCUGAUUAAACUGGCGCCCCCGCCCUCUUUCUGCUGGAGGUACUACGACUACAACUCCACACACGAGGAUGGUGAAACCUGCCAUGAAAUUGAGUCCAUCAAUUCCCACUUUUUUGCCGGGGCUGUGCUCAUCCAUGCUACUCUGUUUGCCAUCUCUGUCACGCUGACUGCCUACUGCUGUAAGGUGGCCAACUGUUGUGGACCGCCUCCCAAAAUGCCAGUGAUCACUGUACAAGCCCCCCCCGCCCAGGAGUGAUGAUGAUGAUGAUGAUGGGACAGGCGCACAAGACUCGUGUACAGCCACAAAAAUGCUGCACAAACCCGUCCUGAGAUUAAACUAUAUCAGUAUUUUUAGUAUAACAAUGACUAUGUGUAACGUGAGAGGAGUAAAACUGACACUAAGCAGCUUUUUAGCCUCCUUUAGGCUCUUGUUUUCUACUGUGUGUGUCUGUGUGUGUGUGCUCAGGAGCAUACUGGAGACACACAAGGGGAGCAACUAGCUGAUGAAAGCUAAUGUCUGAUGUGUGCUUAAACAUUGUGUUUGCAGAUUGUUGUAGUGCCCCCUGGCAGCCAAAGAUGAUUUUGUCCUCUGUCUCUGUGUACGUUAUGCUGUGUGUUGUUCAUGUGGGCAGGGCUGGGGAAACAGCAGAAAGGUUCAUAGGUCAUAGAGAAGCAGUGAGUCCAGGUGGAAGUAAUGCAGCGAGGACACGAUACACAGUAAUAACAGCGACCUGUGACUGACUGACAUGUUUCAAAACUUUAUUUCUGUCAUUUAAUUCUCUCAAAAAUGGGUUCAAACAUGUGAAUGAUUUAAAGCACUUUUAUUAACUGCAGUUAAUGACAGAUCCCAGCACUGCUGAAAAGCAGUGUUUUCUGUUUUACAUACGCAGCUGAAAUGUUGCAAUAAGCAAAAACGGCCAGAAAAUAAAGCAUCUCUACAUUAUGUGAUGAACCGAGGCUCUGACAACAGGAUACAGCAUCAUAACUGUGAAUGCACACGACGGAAAACGGAGCGAGUCAGCAAGCAUGAGCGCCUCCUUCAGGUCAUUAACACAUUAACACUUUUCCUGAACACGUUUCUUCAGAUUAUGUUAAGAUCACUAUUUUAAUAAUGCUUUAUUUGUAACUACAGAGAUAAUAAUAAAACAUUCAAAGACA